AUGUCAGAUUUGAUGGAUGUUGAUGUACCACGUGAAACCCCAGAACAAGAAGUAGUGGCACCAGAAACCACAAAGAAAGUUACCAAAACACAAAAGAAGAAGUUUGAAGUUAGAAAAUGGACAGCUGUUGCGUUCUGGUCGUGGGAUAUCGUUGUUGAGACUUGUGCCAUUUGCAGAAAUCAUUUAAUGGAACCUUGUAUUGAAUGUCAACCAAACUCAAUGAGUGCCACUAGUAACGAAUGUAUCGCUGCUUGGGGUGCUUGUAACCAUGCCUUCCAUAUGCAUUGUAUUUCAAGAUGGCUAAAAACUCGUAAUGUUUGUCCACUAGAUAAUAGAGAAUGGCAAUUUCAAAAAUAUGGUAAAUAA